AUGUAUGAUGUCUAUGGCUUUUGUGGAGAGUUCACGGUGACCAUAAACCAUAUAUCUGCUCUGUAUGGAGCCCCCCUGGUGACAUUGUUUGUGUGUGAAGAAGGCUCUAAUGACUACAUCGCCCGAGUGGACGAGCCUCAGUCGUGCCGCUAUGUUCUGACAGUUCACACCAGUCGUACCUGCCAGCAUCCGUUCCUGCGGCCUCCGUCCACUGCCAAGCCCCAGGGCAUUGUGUGCCAGCCAGCUCUGAGCGCCCAGCAGUACAUGGACUACGUCAAGGCUCAAGUCUCGGACACAAAGCGUAAAGUGGAGCAGAUCUCAGAGGAGCUGAGGACUCUCGAUGAGAUGUUAGCUGCUAAUGAAGGGUCAGAUGGAGCAGUGGAGGUAACAGCAGAGGAGACAUCACCUGCACCAAGUGAUGACCUGGGCCCGUCAGACAAUACAGAUACUGCUGGUUUAUCUGAGGAGGCCGGGUCAGAGGAGGCAGAAGAUUCUGACUUCUGGGAGGGAGUUUCAAAGCCUGGGAGUUCAAAAACAACAGAGUCCCAACAGGACAAGGCAGCAGAUGACGACUAUAACUCAUUUACAGACAAUGAAGUCAUAGAUGAGGGUGAUGAAGUCGAAAAAUUCAACUUUAAAAUCAUUACUGACCCAGCAGACCUGAUGAAAUUUGUUCAACAUCUCAAAGAGAGUAACAGAAAGAAAGCACAACAUCAAGCCAAAAGUCAAGGAGAGAACCCGGCAGAGAGCAGCAGAGUAACCGAGAAGCUGGGCGAGGAUAAGAAAGACGAGGAUGAACACUUGCUACAGGACUUUGAGGAUGAGAUUGCGGACCUCUCAGUGCCCUCUGAAAAGAUUGAAGAGAUAAAGGAGGAAAUGCAGAAGGAUUUUGACAACAUCAUUAAUGAGGCUCAGCAGGAAUUAGAGACAGAAGGUCUUAAAGGGGAAUUUGAUCGAACUCAAGCUACACAGACACUGGAGACGACGCUGGAUAAGUUACUUGACCAUUUGGAAGAGAAAGAGGUGCAGGAUCCAGAGCAGCAAACAGCUGGAGGUCAAAGAGCCAGCGACCCCACCAGGGGAAGCCCCAGCCUGGCCCCAAAACAGCCAGACCAAGCGGAUGACGACCAUGUUAAGAUCAAAAUUACUAAGUAUAAGACGGGCAGCAGCCCUGAUGGGGAGGUCAAAGUUCAGGAGAUGGGCGAAGGAGACCCGCAGUGGCAGCACAUAAAGGACGUUGUUAAAGAACAGCUAGAGAAAGCAGGACUGAAGGCAGAAGGUAAAAUUGAGGUGAAGAUCUUGACACGAAAAAAUGCAGAGGACGCAGGUGAUCAGUGGCUGACUGAAGAAGAUACUAAGUCCUUCAGGGAGCUCCUCAUAAAUCUCCUGACUGGAGGCACAGAAGAGGUUUACAAAGAGCAGAAGAGGCAGCAGGAGUUGGAGAACAACUAUAGGUUUGUGUGGGGAGAGUCCCAGGAGGAGUCCCAGUCAUCCAGCACCACUGACUCAGACGACGUGGACAUAUGAGAUCCUUCAGUGCACCUUUUGUGAAGGUGAACUCUUGUGGAGAACUACAGGGAGGGGGACUCUGAAGCGCAGCCAUCCAAAGGAUUAAAUUACUGCUAUUAAACCUGUUCUGUUGUAGGCACCAUUUUAAUGUUGCACAAUAAAACUGCAACAUCUCAGCUGUUCUGUGCAACUGAAUGAAGUUAUUCCCCUUUUUGAUGGGAUUCAGUUUUGAUAGAUGGCGAUGUACAGUAUCUACAUAUUUUUUUUAUAUUUCAGUUAAUUUGUACUGAAUGUUAGCAUUUCCAUCUGAAGUUAUCAACAGCACACUGUUUAAAGUCAAAUUAUAAUUUACAUUAAUUUUUUAGGUUGCUAUUGACAAAGAAGUCCUUACCUUUAUGGACACAGGUAGGAGGAUUUGUGCAUGCCUCAACAAACUGGAGGAGUGUAUGCACAGGUUGUUCAUUUCAGUGUUUACUGAUCGUGUCUGGAUAUGGAAAAAGCGAGAAAUACUAAAGAGUUCACAGUUAAUUUCCUACUUUCCGUUGCUGUUUUUGGGGGAUUAGGUUAAACAUGACUGUAGAUUACAAGUGUCUGUACAGUGCUGUGGCACUUCAUAUCCCUAGAACAAGGUUCUUUAAUGAAAAUGUUUCUUUUCAUUUGUCCUGGGUUUUUUGAAGGUAUUCAAAAGAAAAAGGAGUGUAGGAUGGUCAGAUCUUCAAGUGUGUUAUAGAAUGAGAAUGUUAUAUAGCAAACGAAAACGAUUUCAAUCAGUUUCAGCGUAUCAAAAAUAAUAAAUCCACACAAAACUUUUCUAUGGAUCCUUCAAAGGUGUACUUACAGUAAGGGCUGACUUUGUAUAAUUUGUGAAUAAUUGUGAUAACUUGUAAUUCAACAUGUACAUAAUUAUUGCGUGAAUAGAUCUUUUGAUGAUAUUUGAUUUGUUGUAUAUUAACACAAAUGAAGUGGGGCUUGAGUUAUCAGAGUAAAUUGUGUUCAAAUUUG